AAACAGCCGCACCCUUUACCGUAAAUGAAAAUGAAAGUAAUUAUUUGUCUGAGUAAAGAACAAACACACAUAGCAGUUCAAAUAUUCAAUGACAACUAUGUAAGGAAGAAGCGCAAACGAGGCACAUCAUGGCUUGCCCUAAAUGUGGAACUAAACUCGAAGGGUCAUUUAAAUUCUGUCCUGAAUGUGGCUUCAAGUUAUCUGCCCUGACUGAAAAAAGUGCUCAAGAUGGUGCCACAUCAGCACAUCCAAUUUCAACCACUGCUGAGGAGAAAAACCAAAAGGAAGAUCAAGACCAUGCUGUUAAAGAAAGCACUACUCAAAUACAGGAACAGUUGGCCACUGGUGAAUCAGAACCUACCAGAGAGGAUGCUACAUCAUCAGAUAUCAUUACAGGCUCAGCCACAGCAGAAAGUGGAAUCACAUCCUCAUCUCUCCAUAUGACACAUUUGGAAAGUGAAUUACCUGCUCCCCCUCAAGUUACAGAUACUUGCAAAGAGAAAAAUAUGCCAAUUGCUGUGACUGCUGAAAGUAAUUCUGAAUCAUGCAAUAAGCCAACAACACCUGAAACCAACUUGUCUGUUUCCACAAUACUGCCAUCCCCUGGAACUGCAGGUGGCAAAAUACCAGCACAUGAAGCAGAGAAUGCAUUGAGUAACAAAGACGACAGACCAGAUGAACAUCAAACUGCUGCUGACAAGCUAAGUGGCAUUCAUUCUGGACUCGUGUCAGAAACAGCCUCUACUGCUCCUGAAUCAACUAAGAACAACACCCCAGAACAAGUUACAGACAAGAAAAAAUCUAAUGAAAUACAAAAUCCAUCAGGGAACUCAGAUGUUAAUAAGAACCACACAAACACAGAACAAAAUAAAUGUACAAAAAAGGCUAGCAGGAAAGAAGACAAAGUAGUCAAAGACAAGAAAUGUUAUUCAAAUGAUCAAAAUAUCCAGAAAAGACAGAAAUCUACAAGCCUCAGCCUACCAACAAAGGGAACUAUCAAAAGGACCAAGCCGAGAAGAAAACCCAGUAAGACGAUCAAGAUCAGGCUUCCAAAGAUGUUAAAGAAAAACAAGAAAACAUCGCCCAAGAAAACUAAGGUUGCUGAUAUUAAUUCAGACGAGAAGACAGAUUCAGAACUGACAGAGACACAGGAACGGGGAAACGAAGAUGCAGGUAUCUACAGGCAAACAACUUCCUGCCUUUCUGGACCUCAAGUGGAAGAGAAUAUCUUGAUGCCAUCCAGUAAAUUUCAGAUACCAGAAGAUUCAUCAAUCAAUGAAGAAAUACUGGUGUACUUUCAUGCUGUCAUUUCUAAAGAAUUUCAUUUGGAACCAGAGAAAGACAUUGUUGUCUUAAAAUCUGAAGUGUUGUUUGGAAGCUGGGAUGGUUUUACUGAAAUGUUCCCCAGCCCUUUUGGGGAGAACCAAUAUCGUAUUGAAGGACAGUAUCGGAUUCCCAAGGAAAAAAUUCAAGAGAGCAUUCCCUACAAAUAUGCAGUUUACAAAAAGGAGUAUGACUUUAUCUAUGAGACCAUCUACCAGAAAGAGAAAAAUGACCACAUCAACAGGUGCCUAACCAUCAAUCCAGAGCUUUUAACAGCAGAAGGUAUUUUGAAUUUUAUUGACGCAAAUGUUCACAUAUUGGUUUACUACAUUUGCUAAUAAAUGCAACAGCACAGUGUGCUAUCAAUCGAAAAAUCUAGUAAAUGAAAAAAAUACCAUGUUUGGUAUGUUACCCUCUUUCAUCCUCAUCCCUGCCAAUCACUGAGAUGAACACCUUUUUCAGUAGAGAGAUGUUUAUUCCAUUUCUGCUGUCUGUAGAAAAUGUUUCAUUGGAUUCAGGAAAUGACACUGGAAAUUCACACAGAUUGGGUCCAGGGACACGAUGAUUCUUGAAAAAGUAAUCAGUGUAGUAUUCCUUGAUAGUUUGUCAUCUACAGGGAAGACGCAUUUUUGUUCAUCAAAUGGACAGUUUGAUAAAUUUAGAGCAGCAGCAGCAAAAAAAUAAAAUAAAAUAAAAAUCAAUAUACCACUCCACUAGCUCAGUAUAUACACUGGCCUGGUCCCGGACAGGGGGGUGGGGGUCAUAUUUUGUUAGACCGUGUGCUGUCACGAUUUGGCACUGAUUUUUCAGACAUGUUUUUAGCUGAGGUAUCAUUUUAUCUCCAGUAUUUAUUAUUAUUAUUAUUUAUUAUUAUUAACC